AACUUGCUCUAUUUCAUACUUUUCAAGUUUACAAAUCUACAACUAUGAACUUCAAAGCCGUUUUGAUCGCGUUCUUUGUUAUUAUUGCCGUUUCUGAAGCUUUUGACAAAGGACUUGCACUGAAAUGUAUUGGAAAAUGUAUUACUGUGUCAUCUGUUCAAGAAUGGAAGGAUUGCGGAUCUAAAUGUUUCGAAGGAGGAGAAAAAGUUGACCAGGCGUUCUUCGAAUGCGACUCAAAAUGUGUUGAUAAGUAUUUCAAACCGGAUCAGGACAACACUGAGGUUAUCGAAUUGACCAAGUGCUUCAAGGAUUGUGCCGAUAAUUAUUAAACAAGAAUUAAAGUCUCGUUUCGUAAAAAUUUUAUUGUAAAAAUGUGAAUUCAAUCUUAUUGAAUAGCUUUUAAUUUGUCAUCUUUGUAUGUAC